AUGGAACGUAAUUCACGCGGUGAAAGUCCACGACCGCGCCCGAUCUCAGUCAUACAUCGCGACAUCGAGCAAGCCAUCGCAGAGCUUGAAAUGAGCAAUGAAGAACAUGGUUUGGAAAUGGCAGAAAUCCACCGUGCUAUCGAUCGGCUGGAUGCUGAAAUAGCGCUUCUUUCGAGAGAUGAAGACGAUCUAUACUACCCCGACGAUUCAAGUCUCCUGGAUCUUAUCACCCCUUCGUUGCCAACAGGAGAAUCGUCGGAGGAAAAUGUCUCCACGCAGGCAGGGACAAAGUUCGUUGACCAGCUUCCAGGCAUGAACUUGAAGGACCUACCGAAGGACAGCAGCUGCAAUAUCUGCAUGGAUCCCUUCAGCAGCACCGAAGACCCCGAACUGCCUGUCCGACUUCCAUGUGGCCAUGUCAUAGGCCGGAACUGCAUCUCCAAAUGGCUGGCGACAAGCAACAGCUGUCCGCUAUGCCGACGUGUUUUCUUCGAACCAGAAGUGCGGAAUCCACCGUUGACUGAGACGGAGCUAAGGGCUAUGCUUCAAACAACUCGACCGGCUACCGAGACGGACCUGGAUGAACGCGUGGUAUUAGCGAGUCUGAGUAUGCAAGAUGUAGAGUCCUUCGGAAGGGAACUCAACGACAUCACGCGCCAGCAGAUUGCAAUGGAGAGGAGGCUGGCUAGCUUUGAGGCACAGAGUACUCCGCUGACCCCUGGGAGUGAAAUGCAACUCAGAGAGCUCAUGGCGGAUAAUGUGGAGCUGCAUGCGAGAUUGGGGGAUUUCAGUAUUCGUCAUCGGGAGUUGAUCGAGAGUCAUGGGAUUCAACUUCCCAGGGUAGGGCGAUUCUUCUCGGGGCUGUAG